AUGUCAGUAGUUGAUAGAACAGCUUCCCAGGAUUGUGUUAAAAUUUUAAUGUCAAAACAAGACUAUGUUACGGGUAUGGAAACUUGUGAAUUUACAUAUGAAUGGACAAUGAAUGACAUCAAAUAUGAUCCAAUAAAAAUUAAAUCACCAAAAUUUUCAUCUCAUUAUUCCGACUUUAACGAUGAAUGGAUUUUGGAAAUUGAUCCGACUUCUAGAGUGAUAUGUGGACAGUUAUUUGUUCCAAUGCAGUUACAACCUACAUCAUUCAAUGAUACUUCACAAUUACAGACAAAAUAUAAAAUAUCAGUUAGUAGUAAAAAAGAAUCAACUAAAGCUGAUGAAAGUGUAGUUGAAGAACAUAAUUUUAGUGAUCUCUCAAAAAAAAUCAAUUGGCAUAUUGGUUGUUUUGGACCAACCUUGAAAGAUGUAUUGAGUGAUGAACAAUUUCGAAAUUAUAAACUUAAAAUUUAUUACUUUGGAAAACUUUUGUUAAAUAAAAAAUUAGCUGAUGUUACCAUUAAAGUUGGUCAAAAAUCAUUUCGUGCAAUCAAAGGCAUUCUUGGAGCACGCAGUCCUGUUUUUUCUGCAAUGUUUGAUUAUGAACAAUUAAAAGAAAAUAAAAACAACGAAGUGGUCAUUGAAGAUAUUGAAGAAGAUGUUUUUGAAGAAUUUUUACAUUUUAUUUAUACUGGUAAAUCACCAAAGAUUGACAAAAUGCCAAUGGAACUACUUGCUGUUGCUGAAAAAUAUCAAGUGGAUUGUCUAAAACAUAUUUGUGAAAAAGUAAUUUGCGAAUCGAUAAAUGUUGAUAAUAUUGCAAUUAUACUUGUUUGUUCUGAUAGAUAUAAUCUCAAAAAACUAAAUGAAAAAGGUUUAGAAUUUAUGAAAAAAAAUUUUCGACGUGUUGUGUCAAAUAAAACAUUUCAAGUUUACAAAAAAAAACAUCCUGAAGUUUUUGCAGAUAUUCUUGAAGAGUUGCUGUUAACUUUUUUGUAA